AUGGCAACCGAAGAACCCAAGGCCGAGGCGACGUACGAGGCAGGCUGCCACUGCGGCUACAUCAGCCUCUCAGUAACACUCUCACCACCCCUGCCCGAGCACGAAGUCCUUCACUGCAACUGUUCCAUCUGCCGUCGUGGAGGCUACCUCCUCGUUUACCCGUUUCACCCAAAGGUGACAUGGCACCACGACUCGGAAGCACGUGUGUCGCGCUACGAGUUCAACACCAAGACGCGCGACCACAUGUUUUGUCCCAAAUGCGGUGCAAGCAUCGGCAUUGAUUUCAAGAGAUUCAAGCCCGAUAAGCCGUAUUACGGUAUCAGUGUGAGACAGUUCAACGAUGUGGACCUUGAUUCGCUCAAGUACAAGAAGUUUGACGGUAUUCACAAAAUGGUGCCGGCAGGUGAUUUGUCUGGGGUUGAAAUCAAUGCAGAAACGGGCGAGCCCACAUCUUCUGGAUCCCAGAAAUAG